AUGUAUAUUGCAAGCCUUCGCCGAGCCUUCGCCGAGCUCCGCCGAGCCUUCGCCGAGCUCCGCCGAGCCUUCGCCGAGCUCCGCCGAGCCUUCGCCGAGCUCCGCCGAGCCUUCGCCGAGCUCCGCCGAGACUUUGCUAAGCUUCGCCGAGCCUUCGCCGAGCCUUCGCCGAGUUCCGCCGAGCCUUUGCCGAGCUCCGCCGAGCCUUCGCCGAGCCUUCGCCGAGCUCCGCCGAGCAUCCGACGGCUUUUCCAGGCCCUGUAG